GGUGGCAACGGCCGCACCAUUCAACGCUCUCUCCAAAAUCUACCGUCUGAAUAAUGUUUGCUCUGAGGCUGUUUUUCGUGGCUCUUGCUUUGACGAGUUGUUCAGGCAGUCUUUCUGAACCGUGGGAAGAAGAAGCAGAAGGCGAAGAUGAAGAGGUAUCAGCGAUCGAUUACGUGACGGGAUCGAUCUGGCCGAAGCCCCAAUCUUACAACGCAACCGGCAAGGUCUACUCACUCACAUCGAAUAAUUUUUCUUUCGAUUCAACGGGUGAAACCAGUGAUGUACUGAAACAAGCGUUAAUUCGCUACAAGGUUUUGGUUUUUCCAGAUCCAGUUGAAAAACCUAAAGGCGGACUGUCGCAAAUUAUUAAACUGACAGUAAAGGUGUUGGACAAAUACGCUCCGCUGUCACUAGAAUCUGAUGAGUCCUAUACCCUUGUUGUUGAUGCACCUACUUCUUCUUUGACGGCCAAAACAGUGUGGGGUGCAUUACGAGGUCUCGAAACAUUUAGUCAAGUGGUUUAUCAAGAUCAAGAAGGACUGUAUCUGGCUAAUGGCUCAAAAAUAGUUGAUCAUCCAAGAUUUCAACACAGAGGGUUCAUGAUUGACACUUCAAGGCACUACUUACAUCCAUCUAUUAUCCUCAAGUUUAUUGAUGCACUGACAUACAGUAAGUUUAAUGUCCUUCAUUGGCAUGUCGUGGAUGACCAAUCCUUUCCUUUUGUCAGUGAAACUUUUCCACAGCUAAGUGGGCAGGGUGCAUACAACAAUAAAACUCAUAUCUUCACAAAAGACAAUGUAAGCGAUAUUGUGGAAUAUGGAAGGAUGCGUGGAAUCAGAGUUGUCCCAGAAUUUGAUACACCAGGUCACACAAGGUCCUGGGGAAGUAUAGAAAACCUCUUAACGCCUUGUUAUUCUGAAGGAAAACCAUCAGGAACAUUUGGACCAAUCAAUCCAACCCUGGACUCUACUUACACUUUCCUGAAGAAAUUCUUUUCUGAAGUUGCUGAAAAGUUUCCUGAUCAAUAUCUACACUUAGGAGGAGAUGAAGUUAGGGACACAUGUUGGGCAAGUAAUCCGAACAUUACAACGUGGAUGAAGAAAAUGGGAUAUGGACAAAACUAUUCUUUGCUGGAGCAGUAUUAUGAGCAACAUCUGCUGUCGAUCGUGGAGGGACUUGGUAAAAGUUAUAUUGUGUGGCAAGAAGUUGUGGAUAAUGACAUUAAAGUACUCCCAGAUACUGUGGUGAAUAUUUGGAAAGCGGGCUGGAAAAAGGAAAUGGAAAAAGUCACAAAGAAGGGACUGAGAACAAUUCUGUCGGCUUGUUGGUACCUGAACAGAAUAAAAUAUAGAAUUGACUGGGACAAGUAUUACACCUGUGAACCAACAGACUUCACUGGUACUGAAGAACAAAAAGAGUUAGUGAUAGGUGGUACUGGCUGUAUGUGGGGAGAGUAUGUUGACGGGGCCAAUAUACUACCAAGAACGUGGCCCCGCGCUCUUGCAGUAGGAGAGAGACUGUGGAGUAGUAAGGAUACGACAGACUUGAAUGACGCUGAAAUGCGACUCUGGGAGCACAGGUGUCGUUACGUCAGACGUGGAAUACCGGCAGAGCCUGGGGUGAGGUCUCAGUAUUGCAGAUAUGAAUGGGGGGUUUAGUUAUGUGGUGACUCAACGACAAACUUGUUCCCAGUCGCCACUUAUUUGUUUGAAUUACGAAGUGAGAGAGGCUAGGUCCAAGAGGAUUUCGUUUUGUUUUCUUUAUUUGUAUAGGGUAUAGGAGUUCAAUGUAUAAUGUAGUUCUGUUCGUUUGCGUCAAAAGCUCUUUAAGGUAUAUUCACCUCUGUCUGUACUACGAAAUUUUAGGGAUUUCACCCGCAGGCGUGACGUCAGAAAUUACUGUUAGAGCUUCAAACAAGGACAAAUUGAAAUAAAUAUCUAGAUAUUCAGUCGGUUUGAGGGUUUAUAAAGUUUUUUGUUUUCUCAAGGAUAAAAAUCAGUUUAAAUGGGCAUUUAAAAGGCAAGUAGAAAGACGAUUUCACCAUUAAUAGUGAACGCUUGUGUUAGUUGGUGUCUGAAAUGAACGCAAGCUGAAGAACUUACUAUCCAGUAGUAGAAAUUAACGCGAAAGAGGUGCUUAAAUUUGUCAAAUGGAAAAAACGAACGCAAAUAAGGCAAAGAAAGAGUAAAAUUGGCAUGUUAAAUUCUCGCGACUUAGAAUGAAGUGAAACUGCCAAAUUGACGUUGAUUCCGUGAAAAGGUACUUUCGGCAUCGAGGUAAUACUAAACAGUUUUUGGAGUAAAUUAUGGUUCAGUUUAAA